AUGACGCAUUCUAUUAUGUCAUCGUCAAGAGCACCUGGUCAUAAUCAAUACAGCGGCCUUCACCAAAAAUCAGAGCUCCUUGAUGAAACUUCCAACCUCUUCGUCCACCAACAGUACACCCAAGAUAAUCUGUGUGUCAUUGGGGAAACGCCCUAUAAUCGACAAGUUCUGGCAGACAUGCCUCGGCGAGCAAGAAGCAUGGCCCCAGAUGUGGACACAGGUUUCCAAAGUGCCAAGCAUGCCUUUGAAUUUCUGGAAGAGAGCUGGAGGUUUAGUUAUGGCGCGUAUGAACUUUUGCUACAAGACGCAAUCCGGGGACUUUCAGAUGCAGGGAAGCGGAGAGAGCUGGGAUGGAGUUGGGCUGUGUUUGAGUUGGAUUGUGUGUUAGGUGGAAUGGGCGCCCACAACAGUGUUAUUGGGAGCUGGGGAAAGGGAGAAGCGGUAUUUUACAACAUGGAUACGUUGAUGGAUGACAAUGGUUCAAUCUGCUUGAACGGGUCUGGGAGGAAGAAUGGUUCCAAUAUAGACGAUUGGAUGUAUAGAGGCAUACGUACGCACCCAGCGUCGGAGGCCGAGAAUAUGCGGGUUGUAAUUAUCCGGGUAGAUAUGCAGACAGAUAAACGGACAACAGCAGGGCAGACCGACUCAGCUGCCAUUUCAAACUCAAAGCCAGGCAAGUCAGGAGGCUAUGGGAUGUUCAUCGGAACUUCCUUCAGAAUGGUCAGAGAGUAUCCUGUUCAGCAACAGAUGGGGAUCGACGCGGUAUUGAACGGUAAAAAGAAAAAUGGAUUCGCUGGAACCGUAUUUUGA